AACCUGAGAGAGCCUAGUUUUACCUGAAGAGCUUGUUAGAUGAUCAUGUUUCAGGCGUGACCAUUUGACAUGAGCUGCAGCUGUCCUGUAAGGAGUCGGAGGCUGCAAGACGCUCACUUCAAGGCUGCUUUCCUCUGGGACUUGUGCAUCUGACAAGCUCCAGGUCCCUCUUCUUCAGGAUUAUGAACUUCUGAUUCAUCCAAGUGAUAAUCUUCGAGAUCAAGAUUCAUGUUGUGGAUUCUCUUCCAGUUCUAUAGGAUUCCAUCCUUCUUUUCAAGUUUCGUCUGAUGGACUGUGUUUCAAGUUUUUUCUUUAUUUUUUCUGGUUCUUACUUAUGUUUUUUGCUUCAGUUUAUGGACUUAUAUGUGAAGACUACGACAACUUUUUCUUCUCAAGCACCAAAGUUCAAAGAGGCAGUUGGGAUACUAUGUGGACAGUUUAUAACAGAAUUAACUUUUCUGAUUGGUCUGCUUUAGAUCACACCAUCCAGGGUUCUAUUUCAUUGGUUUAUGAUUAUAAACAGACUUACCUAAGAACAGAAUGAAAAUAUGGCUGGCAAGAUACUCCCUCCGGGUCCUGAGCGACUGCAACCAUUCACCAGAGAGUCAUUGGCGGCCAUAGAAAAGCGCAUUGAGGAGGAACAUAUACGCAAAGAGAAACAGAUUGAGGUGCUUGAUGAUGUGAUAUCAGCACCCAAUAAUGGACUUGAAGCUGGCAAGAGCCUUCCACUUAUCUAUGGAGACCCCCCACCUGCACUUAUUGGGGUACCCAUGGAAGACCUGGAUCCUUUCUAUAGCAACCAAAAGACGUUCAUUGUCUUGAACAAAGGAAAAGCAAUAUUCCGAUUCUCUGCUACUAAAGCAGUAUAUCUACUGGAUCCUUUUAAUCCAAUCCGACGAGGAGCGAUUAAAGUUCUUAUCCAUUCAUUAUUCAGCUUGUUUAUCAUGUUAACUAUCCUAACGAAUUGUGUAUUCAUGACUAUGAGUGAUCCACCACCAUGGUCCAAGAAUGUUGAGUACACAUUUACUGGCAUUUAUACGUUUGAGUCCUUGAUAAAAAUCUUGGCCAGAGGAUUUUGUAUUGAAAGCUUUACAUUCCUUAGGGAUCCAUGGAACUGGCUAGACUUUGGUGUCAUUGUUAUGGCUUACACCACAGAGUUUGUAGAUUUGGGGAAUGUUUCUGCUCUUAGGACAUUCCGUGUUCUACGUGCACUUAAAACAAUCACUGUAAUUCCAGGUUUGAAGACCAUUGUUGGAGCCCUGAUCCAAUCAGUAAAGAAGCUCGCAGAUGUCAUGAUCCUCACAGUCUUCUGCCUUGCGGUAUUUGCCCUUAUUGGUCUCCAGCUGUUCAUGGGAAACCUGAGACACAAAUGUGUACGUUGGCCGCCUCCUGAAGAUGCCUAUGUGUUUUACAACAAUACAGUGCUCAAUUCAACAAUAGAUGACGACACAUAUUUCAAUAGCACAGAACCCUUCCUCAACUAUACCUUUGACUAUGAAUCCUACGUCAAUGAUGAAACAAAUUUUUAUUAUUUGGAUGGAGCUCUUGAUGCACUCCUGUGUGGGAACAACAGUGAUAGUGGGAGAUGCCCAGAAAACUUUGUUUGCAUAAAAACCGGGAGAAAUCCAAACUAUGGAUACACAAGUUAUGAUUCAUUCAGCUGGGCCUUCCUGUCUCUCUUCAGACUGAUGACCCAGGACUACUGGGAAAACCUUUUUCAGCUGACGUUGCGUGCAGCUGGUAAGACCUACAUGAUUUUCUUUGUAUUAGUGAUAUUUUUGGGAUCUUUCUAUCUCAUCAAUCUGAUCCUUGCUGUGGUGGCCAUGGCUUAUGCUGAACAGAAUGAAGCCACCAUUCAGGAGGCCCUAGAUAAAGAGAAGGAAUUCCAAGAUCUUCUGGAGCAGCUGAAGAAACACCAGGAUGAGCAAGGCCGCAGGAAAUCAAGUGCUCCAUCUCUACAGAACAAUGACACAGAGAAGAAAAAGACUCAUUCAAAACAGGAACUCUCUGAAGAGGGAACAGAGAAAAAAGACUGCAAUGGGAGAGCAAUACCCAAAGUUAUAAUAGAGAGAGCUCCCUCUCUGGAUGAUGAAAGAUGUUCUUCAAAUUCUGAAGGGCAAAAGAAAAACUCCAACAAUCAUUUGGCAGAACCAACAAUGCAGAAGCGAGCAGGAAGUACAACUAGUGUGAUUUCUGAAGCAGCUAUAGAAGAGCUGGAAGAAGCGCAGCAGAAAUGCCCCCCAUGGUGGUACAAGUGUGCUCAUACGUUACUUAUCUGGGACUGCUGCGCCCUAUGGGUGAAAUUCAAGACGUAUGUGCGCUUUGUAGUUAUGGAUCCGUUUGUGGACUUGGGGAUCACAAUUUGCAUUGUGCUGAAUACAAUGUUCAUGGCCAUGGAACAUUAUCCCAUCACUGAUCACUUUGCCAAUGUACUUAAUGUAGGGAACCUGGUCUUCACUGGUAUAUUUGCAGCUGAGAUGUUCUUCAAGAUCAUUGCUCUGGAUCCGUAUUACUAUUUCCAGGUUGGCUGGAACAUUUUUGACAGUAUCAUAGUAACUCUGAGCUUGGUGGAGCUUGGUCUGGCAAAUGUGGAAGGUCUGUCUGUGCUGCGAUCCUUCCGUCUGCUCAGGGUGUUCAAGCUGGCUAAAUCCUGGCCCACACUUAACAUGCUCAUCAAAAUCAUCAGUAAUUCAUUUGGAGCUCUUGGGAACCUCACUCUGGUCCUGGCUAUCAUUGUCUUCAUCUUUGCUGUAGUAGGAAUGCAGCUGUUCGGGAAAAGUUAUGUGGAGUGUGUAUGUAAGAUCAAUUCAGACUGUGUACUGCCUCGAUGGCACAUGCACGACUUCUUCCAUUCAUUUCUCAUUGUCUUUCGUAUCCUGUGUGGAGAAUGGAUUGAGACAAUGUGGGACUGCAUGGAGGUGGCAGGACAGGCAAUGUGCCUCAUUGUCUUCAUGAUGGUCAUGGUAAUCGGAAACCUGGUGGUACUCAACCUAUUCUUAGCCUUGCUGCUAAGCUCCUUUAGUGCUGACAAUCUUGCUGCUCCUGAUGAUGAUGGAGAGAUAAAUAAUAUGCAGAUCGCCAUUGGGAGGAUUAAUAGGGGUAUUGACUUUGUGAAAGCAACUGUUCUAUCUAUGUUGCACAUAAAAAAGGAAAAGAAGAGUGAAGAAGAUGACAAUAAUGAUGAUGUUACCAAAGAUAAAGACAGCAUUGCCCUGAAUCAUCUAAAUACAGAACAAGAGUUCAAAUCAGACUUUCAGUAUAUUGAUGGUCUUGCUUUAAAGGAUCGAUACCUUAUGGAGGAGUUUAAUCACACUAAUUUGAUUAACAAUCCAAACUUUCGCAUAGAAGUUCCAAUUGCUUCUGAGGAGUCUGAUUUUGAUUUUCCAGAGGAGGAUGAGUUCAGCACACAGUCUGAGAUAGAGGACGUUGUAUUAAACCGAAAGAAGAAAUUUGAUGAUGGAUCAUCAUUUUGUAGCACAGCAGAUUAUAAACCUCCCGUGCCAGAGGAGGAAGAUGAGGCAUUUGACCAUAAGGAAGAAGAAGGUCCAGAGGAAUGCUUUACACAAGCUUGUGUAAAAAGAUGUCCAUGUCUGUAUGUUGACAUUACAACAAAGAAAGGAAACAUUUGGUGGAACAUUCGGAAAACUUGCUUUAUCAUUGUUGAACACAACUGGUUUGAAACAUUCAUUAUCUUCAUGAUUUUACUCAGCAGUGGCGCACUGGCAUUUGAAGAUAUCUACAUUGAACAGAGGAAGGUUAUUAAGGCUAUUUUAGAGUAUGCCGAUAAGGUUUUUUCAUAUAUUUUUGUGUUUGAGAUGCUUCUGAAAUGGACGGCAUAUGGAUUUAAGAUUUAUUUCACCAAUGCAUGGUGCUGGCUGGACUUCCUUAUUGUUGAUGUUUCUCUGAUCAGUUUAGUAGCCAACUGGUUGGGAUAUUCAGAACUCGGACCAAUCAAGUCCCUCAGGACCUUGAGAGCUUUGAGACCACUAAGAGCAUUGUCAAGAUUUGAAGGCAUGAGGGUGGUCGUAAAUGCACUUUUGGGGGCCAUUCCAUCCAUUAUGAAUGUGCUAUUGGUUUGUUUAAUUUUCUGGCUUAUCUUCAGCAUCAUGGGAGUGAAUAUGUUCGCAGGGAAAUUUUACCAGUGUAUUAAUACAACAACCUUAGAGCGAUUUGAUCUAUCAGUUGUCAAUAAUCGUAGUGAUUGCUUUGCUUUAAACUACACUGAACAAGUGCGAUGGGUCAAUCUUAAAGUAAACUUUGACAACGUGGGCCUUGGGUACCUCUCCCUUUUGCAAGUGGCAACUUUCAAAGGCUGGAUGGACAUUAUGUAUGCAGCAGUGGACUCUCGUGAUGUUGAGGAACAGCCAGUGUAUGAAAUAAAUCUAUACAUGUAUUUGUACUUUGUCAUAUUCAUCAUUUUUGGAGCUUUCUUCACUCUCAACCUUUUUAUUGGUGUUAUUAUCGACAACUUCAACCAGCAAAAGAAAAAGUUUGGAGGAAAGGACAUCUUCAUGACUGAGGAGCAGAAGAAAUAUUACAAUGCCAUGAAAAAACUUGGAUCAAAGAAACCACAGAAACCAAUACCAAGACCACUGAACAAAAUCCAAGGUCUGGUGUAUGAUUUUGUCUCCAAGCAGUUUUUUGAUAUUGUGAUCAUGGUUUUAAUUUGUCUCAACAUGGUAACAAUGAUGGUUGAAACAGAUAACCAAAGCAAAGAAAAAGAAAAUAUUUUGUUUCAAAUCAAUCUGUUUUUUAUUGUUAUCUUCACGGGAGAAUGUGUCCUGAAAAUGUUUGCUUUAAGAUAUUAUUUCUUCACAAUUGGAUGGAAUAUUUUUGACUUUGUGGUGGUCAUCAUUUCUAUAGCUGGAAGUGUCUUGUCAGAUUUAAUAGCAGAAUACUUUGUGUCCCCAACACUUUUCCGAGUUAUCAGAUUGGCAAGAAUUGGCAGAGUUCUUCGACUCAUUAAAGGAGCAAAGGGGAUACGUACACUUCUAUUUGCCCUGAUGAUGUCUCUCCCAGCUCUGUUCAACAUAGGGCUCCUGCUUUUCUUGGUCAUGUUCAUCUACUCCAUCUUUGGCAUGUCCAACUUUGCUUAUGUGAAGAAAGAGUCUGGCAUUGAUGAUAUGUUUAACUUCGAGACAUUUGGAAACAGCAUGAUAUGCUUAUUUGAAAUCACCACCUCUGCUGGAUGGGAUGGACUUCUAAACCCAAUCCUAAAUAGUGCUUAUCCAGACUGUGAUCCUCAUUUUGAGAACCCAGGUACUGGUGUACAUGGUAACUGUGGUAACCCAUCAAUUGGUAUUGUUUUCUUUUGUAGUUACAUCAUCAUUUCAUUUUUAAUUGUGGUCAAUAUGUACAUUGCCAUUAUCCUUGAGAAUUUUAAUGUUGCUACAGAGGAAAGCAGUGAGCCUUUGUGUGAGGAUGACUUUGAAAUGUUUUAUGAAACUUGGGAGAAGUUUGAUCCAGAUGCCACCCAGUUUGUACAAUACAGUCGGAUGUCUGACUUUGUGGAUACACUUCAAGAACCCCUACGAAUUCCUAAACCUAACAAGAUAAAACUUGUAACUAUGGACCUUCCCAUGGUUAUUGGGGAUAAAAUACAUUGCUUGGACAUCUUGUUUGCAUUGACUAAAGAGGUUUUAGGGGAUUCAGGAGAAAUGGAUGCUCUAAAAGAAUCAAUGGAAGAAAAGUUCAUGGCUGCAAACCCAUCCAAAGUGUCUUAUGAGCCCAUCACUACUACUCUGAAAAGAAAACAGGAAGAAGUCUGUGUCAUUAAAAUUCAGAGGGCUUUUAGAAGACACCUUCUAAAAAGAUCUGUUAAACAUGCUUCCUACAUCUACCGGCAGAGUCAUGAUGAAGAUUCUGCAGCUGAGGAACCUCCUGAGAAGGAAGGCUUGAUAGUGGACAGAAUAAACUCUGCAAUUGGGAUAAAUGUAGAUAACGGAGUUAAAGAGGGACCUCCAUGUGCCAGUGCAUUUACUAGGACCUCCCGCUUCAGUGGAGAUUAUGAUUAAAUAUCUAUCAAGUUGAUCUCAAUCUAUUGGAAAUAAUGUAUACCCAGUUCUUGGCUGCUUCUCAACGACUUGGACUGUUGAAGAGGAGUGUCAGUUAAAGGCAUUUUCCUUUUUUAUUCUACAUGUGAAAUACCAUGUCCUGUCUUCUCAGCUCCCUUGGAUUAUUGUCUGAAAAUAGCCAGUGCUGACUUAGAUACACAGAGUGUUACCAGGGAGUAGGAAGUAAUGCAUCAAAAAAUAUUACUUGGAAGCAGAAGAUGUGAAGGCCUCUCUUAAUGAGUUGUAGCUAAAGUGAAUUUUUAUUGUAUAGACAGUAAGAUAGUGUUCUAGGCCAUACCACAUCACACACUAUAUUAUUCACUAGCUAAUGUUCUAGAUAACGUGGUAGAUUUUACAUUAGAACAUAUGCAUGAUAUCAUGAUAAAUUAUAUUUUAUUUUAAAUUCUAAAUAUUAAUUUACAUCCCAUUAUUAUGACAUCAGCAAUCACAUCUCAAAUUAAUACUGUUUCAUAAAAGUCUGGUUAAGAAAGAAAAAAAAGAGGAUUAAGUAUAGCCAGUUUAAAACUAAUUAGUAGCAUUUUAUGUCAAUAAGUCACUGCUUAACUAGAGUCUGUUUUAAAGAACAAAAGGGGGUUCUUCUACAUGUUUAUUUUCUAAUUGAGGUUUCAUGCUACAUGUUUAAGAGUUAUCUAGAUGCAGCAUUAUUUAUUAAAUAAAGGUUAGAUUUUAAUUACACACAGAAUACGUUAAUAAUUGAUAUCAGGAAUUCAGUCAGUAACAUCGAUGUACGUAGCAACACUAACACAAACUGUCGAUGAACUUGGCUAUGACAAAUUAGGAUGAUUUUAAUGAGGUAGCAGAUUUGCUAUUUUUUCCAGCACUUGUGAUGAUUGACUCUGUUCUCUUAACUAAUAUAAUCAAUAAGGGAGGUGUGAUAUACACCAACAUGAUGUAUCUUCUAAAGUCUUAAAGAAUUCUAUUUCUGUUUUCACUGAGGAUCCUGACUACUGCUGAUGUACAUUCAAGAAAAAACAGCACCAGGUGAAAAUAAAAGUCUGGAUAAAAUGUUUGUUUUAGAAAAAAGUAAAAAUAUGUCCAUGUUGGAUUUUAUGCCCGUGUUAUGUAGCAUUUAUGAUUUCCUUUAUGCUCUUACAAACAACACAGUUGUGAAAUGAAUAUUCACUCAAAUGAUUACUGUUUUUGUAUGUUUCCUGUCCCCUCAGCCUUUAAAUGAUAUUUAAAAUAAUGAGUGUUUGUUAAAUUAUACUUUUCUUUACCAGUUGAGAGUUUUCACAUAAACUAGAUUUUCUUGGUUCAAUAAAAAGUAUAACAGAUCCACAAAGUUCUCCUCUAUGGAGCAGAUAUAACAAAUACCUAAUGUGCUUCAUAAGUGAAAGAGCGUGAUGUCAUAAAAGCUAAACACUUUGAAAACAAGGUGAUCAGUGUUCAUCUAACAAUAUGGUUGGCUAUUGCCUAGUCAUUUUGUUAUGUUUUAUAGAUAAGCUAAGAUAAAAUAGGUAUUUUACUUUGAUUAUAUACUUUGCUAUUGUGUUCAUGUAUCAGUUUUCUCUGUGCAAAAGAACAAUCUAUAGUAACAUAAUACUUUAUGUGUGGUGGUUUGUGCAGUAGCACAAGGCUUGGUGUGUAGGGAGGACCUUUACUAUGUUUUGGUUAGGGAAGGAGUGUGCAGUAUUAUAUUACUUCCUAUAUUUGAGAGCGUGUACAGUAACACUUCCUGUAUAUAGGAGAACUGUACCAUAACACACUACUUCCUGUGUAAGGAGAACUGUAGAAUAUGACUUUGCUGGCUGUGCGAAAUACACCUUACCAGUAACACACUGCUUCAUAUGUAUAGGAGGCCUGUACUAUAACACAAUAUUUUACAGUUUAUGGAAGGCCUCUGCACUGCUUCUUGUAUUAGAGAGGCCUGUAGCUUACACACUGAUUCUUCUAUAUGAGAGGUCUGUAGCUUACACACGUCUUCUUGUGUAUGGGAUAUCUAUACAGUAACACGCUUCUUCUUGUGUAUAGGAUAUCUAUACAGUAACACACUGCUUCUUGUGUAUGGGAUAUCUAUACAGUAACACGCUUCUUCUUGUGUAUAGGAUAUCUAUACAGUAACACACUGCUUCUUGUGUAUAGGAUAUCUAUACAGUAACACACUGCUUCUUGUGUAUGGGAUAUCUAUACAGUAACACGCUUCUUCUUGUGUAUAGGAUAUCUAUACAGUAACACACUGCUUCUUGUGUAUGGGAUAUCUAUACAGUAACACGCUUCUUCUUGUGUAUAGGAUAUCUAUACAGUAACACACUGCUUCUUGUGUAUAGGAUAUCUAUACAGUAACACACUGCUUCUUGUGUAUAGGAUAUCUAUACAGUAACACACUGCUUCUUGUGUAUAGGAUAUCUAUACAGUAACACACUGCUUCUUGUGUAUAGGAUAUCUAUACAGUAACACACUGCUUCUUGUGUAUAGGAUAUCUAUACAGUAACACACUGCUUCUUGUGUAUAGGAUAUCUAUACAGUAACACACUGCUUCUUGUGUAUAGGAUAUCUAUACAGUAACACACUUCUUCUUGUGUAUAGGAUAUCUAUACAGUAACACGCUUCUUCUUGUGUAUAGGAUAUCUAUACAGUAACACACUGCUUCUUGUGUAUAGGAUAUCUAUACAGUAACACACUGCUUCUUGUGUAUAGGAUAUCUAUAGAGUAACACACUGCUUCUUGUGUAUAGGAUAGCUAUACAGUAACACACUGCUUCUUGUGUAUAGGAUAGCUAUACAGUAACACACUGCUUCUUGUGUAUAGGAUAUCUAUAGGGUAACUCACUGCUUCUUGUGUAUGGGAGAUCUGUAGGGUAACACACAGCUUCUUGUGUAUGGGAGAUCUGUAGGGUAAUGCACAGCUUCUUGUGUAUGGGAGGUCUGUAGGGUAACGCACUGCUUCUUGUGUAUGGGAGGUCUUUAGGGUAACAAACUGCUUCUUGUGUAUGGGAGAUCUGUAGGGUAACACACAUCUUCUUGUGUAUGGGAGGUCUGUAGGGUAACACACCUCUUCUUGUGUAUGGGAGGUCUUUAGGAUAACACACCUCUUCUUGUGUAUGGGAGAUCUGUAAGAUAACUCACUGCUUCUUGUGUAUGGGAGGUCUGUAGGGUAACGCACUGCUUCUUGUUUAUGGGAGGUCUGUAAGGUAACACACUGCUUCUUGUGUAUGGGAGGACUGUAGGGUAACGCACUGCUUCUUGUGUGUAAGAAGUCUGUAGGGUAACUCACUGCUCCUUGUGUAUGGGAGGUCUGUAGGGUAACGCACUGCUUCUUGUGUAUGGGAGGUCUGUAAGGUAACGCACUGCUUCUUGUAUAUGGGAGGUCUGUAAGGUAAUGCACUGCUUCUUGUGUAUGGGAGGUCUGUAAGGUAACGCACUGCUUCUUGUGUAUGGGAGGUCUGUAAGGUAACGCACUGCUUCUUGUGUAUGGGAGGUCUGUAAGGUAAUGCACUGCUUCUUGUGUAUGGGAGGACUGUAAGAUACCGCACUGUUUCUUGUGUAUGUGAGGUCUGUAAGGUAAUGCACUGCUUGUGUAUAGGAGGUCUGUAAGGUAACGCACUGCUUCUUGCAUAUGGGAGGUCUCUAGGGUAACGCACUGCUUCUUGAGAAUGGGAGGACAGUAAAAUAAUGCACUGCUUCUUGUGUAUGGGAAGACUGUAAGAUAAUGCACUGCUUCUUGUGUAUGGGAGGUCUUUAGGGUAACGCACUGCUUCUUGUGUAUGGGAGGUCUGUAGGGUAACGCACUGCUUCUUGUGUAUGGGAGAUCUGUAGGGUAACACACCUCUUCUUGUGUAUGGGAGGUCUUUAGGGUAACACACCUCUUCUUGUGCAUGGGAGGUCUUUAGGGUAACACACCUCUUCUUGUGUAUGGGAAGUCUGUAAGAUAACUCACUGCUUCUUGUGUAUGGGAGAUCUGUAGGGUAACGCAUUGCUUCUUGUGUAUGGGAGGUCUGUAAGAUAACUCACUGCUUCUUGUGUAUGGGAGGUCUGUAAGAUAACUCACUGCUUCUUGUGUAUGGGAGGUCUGUAAGAUAACUCACUGCUUCUUGUGUAUGGGAGAUCUGUAGGGUAACACAACUCUUCUUGUGUAUGGGAGGUCUGUAGGGUAAUGCACUGCUUGUGUAUCGAAAGUCUAGAGGGUAACACACCUCUUCUUGUGUAUGGGAGGUCUGUAGGGUAACGCACUGCUUCUUGUGUAUGGGAGGUCUUUAGGGUAACCAUUGCUUCUUGUGUACGGGAGGUCUGUAAGAUAACAUAAUGCUUCUUGUGUAUGGGAGGUCUUUAGGGUAACUCACUGCUUCUUGUGUAUGGGAGGACUGUAAGAUACUGCACUGUUUCUUGUGUAUGUGAGGUCUGUAAGGUAAUGCACUGAUUCUUGUGUAUGGGAGGUCUGUAAGGUAACGCACUGCUUCUUGCGUAUGGGAGGUCUCUAGGGUAACGCACUGCUUCUUGAGAAUGGGAGGACAGUAAAAUAAUGCACUGCUUCUUGUGUAUGGGAUGACUGUAAGAUAAUGCACUGCUCCUUGUGUAUGGGAGGUCUGUAGGGUAACGCACUGCUUCUUGCGUAUGGGAGGUCUCUAGGGUAACGCACUGCUUCUUGAGUAUGGGAUGACUGUAAGAUAAUGCACUGCUCCUUGUGUAUGGUAAGUAUGUAAGGUAACACUGCUUCUUGUGUAUGGGAGGUCUGUAGGGUAACGUACUGCUUCUUGUGUACUGGAGGUCUGUUGGUUAACGCACUGAUUCUUGUGUGUAAGAAGUCUGUAGGGUAACUCACUGCUUCUUGUGUAUGGGAGGUCUGUAGGGUAACGCACUGCUUCUUGUUUAUGGGAGGUCUGUAAGGUAACACACUGCUUCUUGUGUAUGGGAGGACUGUAGGGUAACGCACUGCUUCUUGUGUGUAAGAAGUCUGUAGGGUAACUCACUGCUCCUUGUGUAUGGGAGGUCUGUAGGGUAACGCACUGCUUCUUGUGUAUGGGAGGUCUGUAAGGUAACGCACUGCUUCUUGUGUAUGGGAGGUCUGUAAGGUAACGCACUGCUUCUUGUGUAUGGGAGGUCUGUAAGGUAAUGCACUGCUUCUUGUGUAUGGGAGGACUGUAAGAUACCGCACUGUUUCCUGUGUAUGUGAGGUCUGUAAGGUAAUGCACUGCUUGUGUAUGGGAGGUCUGUAAGGUAACGCACUGCUUCUUGCGUAUGGGAGGUCUCUAGGGUAACGCACUGCUUCUUGAGUAUGGGAGGACAGUGAAAUAAUGCACUGCUUCUUGUGUAUGGGAUGACUGUAAGAUAAUGCACUGCUCCUUGUGUAUGGUAAGUAUGUAAGGUAACACUGCUUCUUGUGUAUGGGAGGUCUGUAGGGUAACAUACUGCUUCUUGUGUACUGGAGGUCUGUUGGUUAAUGCACUGCUUCUUGUGUGUAAGAAGUCUGUAGGGUAACUCACUGCUUCUUGUGUUUGGGAGGUCUGUAGAGUAACGCACUGCUUCUUGUUUAUGGGAGGUCUGUAAGGUAACACACUGCUUCUUGUGCAUGGGAGGACUGUAGGGUAACGCACUGCUUCUUGUGUGUAAGAAGUCUGUAGGGUAACACACUGCUUCUUGUGUAUGGGAGGUCUGUAGGGUAACGCACUGCUUCUUGUGUAUGGGAGGUCUGUAAGGUAACGCACUGAUUCUUGUGUAUGGAGGUCUGUAAGGUAACAUACUUCUUCUUGUGUAUGGGAGGUCUGUAUGGUAACGCACUGCUUCUUGUGUACUGGAGGUCUGUAAGGUAACGCACUGCUUCUUGUGUAUGGGAGGUCUGUAAGGUAACACACUGCUUCUUGUGUAUGGGAGGACUGUAGGGUAACGCACUGCUUCUUGUGUGUAAGAAGUCUGUAGGGUAACUCACUGCUUCUUGUGUAUGGGAGGUCUGUAAGGUAACGCACUGCUUCUUGUGUAUGGGAGGUUUGUAAGGUAAUGCACUGCUUCUUGUGUAUGGGAGGUCUGUAAGGUAACGCACUGCUUCUUGUGUAUGGGAGGUCUGUAAGGUAACAUACUUCUUCUUGUGUAUGGGAGGUCUGCAAGGUAACGCACUGCUUCUUGUGUAUGGGAGUUCUGUAAGGUAACGCACUGCUUCUUGUGUAUGGGAGGUCUGUAAGGUAACAUACUUCUUCUUGUGUAUGGGAGGUCUGUAGGGUAACGCACUGCUUCUUGUGUACUGGAGGUCUGUAAGGUAACGCACUGCUUCUUGUGUAUGGGAAGUCUACAUGGAAACACACUGCUUCUUGUGUAUGGGAGGUCUGUAAGGUAACGCACUGCUUCUAGUGUAUGGGAGGUCUGAAGGGUAAUACACUGCUUCUUGUGUAUGGUAUGUAUGUAAGAUAACACUGCUUCUUGUGUACGGGAGGUCUGUAAGGUAAUGCACUGCUUCUUGUAUAUGGGAGGUCUGUAAGGUAAAGCACUGCUUUUUAUGUAUGGGAGGUCUGUAAGGUAACACACUGCUUUUUGUGUAUGGGAGGUCUUUAAGGUAACACACUGCUUCUUGUGUAUGGGAGAUCUGCAAGCUAAUGCACUGCUUCUUGUGUAUGGGAGGUCUGUAAGGUAACACACUGCUUCUUGUCUAUGGGAGAUCUGCAAGCUAACGCACUGCUUCUUGUGUAUGGGAGGUCUGUAAGGUAACACACUGCUUCUUGUGUAUGGGAGAUCUGUAGGGUAACAUACUGCUUCUUGUGUAUCGGAAGUCUAUAGGGUAACGCAAUGCUUCUUGCGUAUGGUAAGUAUGUAAGAUAACACUGCUUCUUGUGUAUGGGAGGUCUGUAAGGUAACACACUGCUUCUUGUGUAUGGGAGGUCUGUAAGGUAACAUACUUCUUCUUGUUUAUGGGAGGUCUGCAAGGUAACACACUGCUUCUUGUGUAUGGGAGUUCUGUAAGGUAACGCACUGCUUCUUGUGUGUAAGAAGUCUGUAGGGUAACUCACUGCUUCUUGUGUAUGGGAGGUCUGUAGGGUAACGCACUGCUUCUUGUGUAUUGGAGGUCUGUAAGGUAAUGCACUGCUUCUUGUGUAUGGAGGUCUGUAAGGUAACAUACUUCUUCUUGUGUAUGGGAGGUCUGUAUGGUAACGCACUGCUUCUUGUGUACUGGAGGUCUGUAAGGUAACACACUGCUUCUUGUGUAUGGGAGGUCUGUAAGGUAACACACUGCUUCUUGUGUAUGGGAGGACUGUAGGGUAACGCACUGCUACUUGUGUGUAAGAAGUCUGUAGGGUAACUCACUGCUUCUUGUGUAUGGGAGGUCUGUAGGGUAACGCACUGCUUCUUGUGUAUGGGAGGUCUGUAAGGUAACGCACUGCUUCUUGUGUAUGGGAGGUUUGUAAGGUAAUGCACUGCUUCUUGUGUAUGGGAGGUCUGUAAGGUAACGCACUGCUUCUUGUGUAUGGGAGGUCUGUAAGGUAACAUACUUUUUCUUGUGUAUGGGAGGUCUGCAAGGUAACGCACUGCUUCUUGUGUAUAGAAGUUCUGUAAGGUAACUCACUGCUUCUUGUGUAUGGGAGAUCUGUAAGGUAACAUACUUCUUCUUGUGUAUGGGAGGUCUGUAGGGUAACGCACUGCUUCUUGUGUACUGGAGGUCUGUAAGGUAACGCACUGCUUCUUGUGUAUGGGAAGUCUACAGGGAAACACACUGCUUCUUGUGUAUGGGAGGUCUGUAAGGUAACGCACUGCUUCUAGUGUAUGGGAGGUCUGAAGGGUAAUACACUGCUUCUUGUGUAUGGUAUGUAUGUAAGAUAACACUGCUUCUUGUGUACGGGAGGUCUGUAAGGUAAUGCACUGCUUCUUGCAUAUGGGAGGUCUGUAAGGUAACGCACUGCUUUUUAUGUAUGGGAGGUCUAUAAGGUAACACACUGCUUUUUGUGUAUGGGAGGUCUUUAAGGUAACACACUGCUUCUUGUGUAUGGGAGAUCUGCAAGCUAAUGCACUGCGUCUUGUGUAUGGGAGGUCUGUAAGGUAACACACUGCUUCUUGUGCAUGGGAGAUCUGCAAGCUAACGCACUGCUUCUUGUGUAUGGGAGGUCGGUAAGGUAACACACUGCUUCUUGUGUAUGGGAGAUCUGUAGGGUAACAUACUGCUUCUUGUGUAUCGGAAGUCUAUAGGGUAACGCAAUGCUUCUUGUGUAAAGGUAAGUAUGUAAGAUAACACUGCUUCUUGUGUAUGGGAGGUCUGUAAGGUAACACACUGCUUCUUGUGUAUGGGAGAUCUGUAGGGUAACAUACAGCUUCUUGUGUAUCGGAAGUCUAUAGGGUAACGCAAUGCUUCUUGCGUAUGGUAAGUAUGUAAGAUAACACUGCUUCUUGUGUAUGGGAGGUCUGUAAGGUAACACACUUCUUCUUCUGUAUAUACUCUUCAAAGAGAUAAGUAGUCGUAGAUCAUACUCGAUACAAACAAAUUGCAUUUAUUAGACAAUUAUACACAGAAGAAUUGAUGUUCAGCCAGUAUGAAAUUCACAAAACAUAUAUCUUAAAUAGCCCAAAGCAAGGUAAAGAGCAUUAAACUAAAUCUAAACAAUAUCCUUUAUUAAUAAAACAUCAGUUUAUAUUAAUAUCUGUGAUAUUUCAGGUCUACUUUAUGUAAAUAUUAUAGUCUAUAUUGUGGAAUUCUUGUAUACAUUAUAUUUGUAAACUGACACCAUAGUGACAGUUCCUUACUCUGUAAGUGGUGGACUUCAUUUUGGCACAUGUACAGUACCAGUUCAACUGCAGGUUGUAAUGUUUUCUUUUCCAGAAUGGUUGCCUGGUGAAAAUCAUACGAAUGGAGGCAGCAAUCUUGUAAUAGUUUUAUUGCCUCUGUGUGACUUUAUGGGAUAAUCUCACAAACUAUGUAUCAGUUUUGACUAUAGUAGGAUCAACACAUUGCUUUGUGUGUAUAGAAGUCUCUAAAGUAAAACCGAAUUAUUGGGUAUGAAACAGGGUGUAGCAUGUGAUUUGGGUGACAUAUGUUAGUAUGGAGCACAGGAUUAUGUGUGUUUCAGAGCAAUGUAUGUUUUCAGAGCUGGAUUUGGCACUAGGCAAAACAGGCAGCUGUCUAUAGUCAUUUCACUCAGAGGACCUUUUCUGGAUUUCUGUCUGGGAGUGUUGCUGAGUUGAGAUUCAUCCAAUUUAAAUAUUUACCUCUAUGUCACAAAGUGCUGUUUUAUCAAAAACUGUUCCUCAUCCCAUACAGAGUAACUCAAUUUAGAUACAGAAGAGAACAGUGUGGAAUAUAAAUAUCCAUCUAUAUGGAAUACAAAUUAGUGUGUAGCAGAGGAAUCUGUCCACGUAGCACACGGGUAGUGUAUGGGACAGAGCAAUAUUGGUCUUUAUGAAAUAUUUGGGGAUGACAGAAGAGUAUUACUCUACAACUAGCACACACAUGUCGGUGGUGUAGAGAAAUUGUAAUGCAGAGCAUUUGUGUCUUUUUUAGAGCAAAGAAUAAUAUGUUACUGUGCAGAGCAAUAUUGUCUAAUGGUCCGAAGAUCAAUAACUUGCCGGCAUGAAGAGAAAUCACACAAAAACUAGGGGGCUUUUUUGAACAUUAUAUUAUUAUGUAUGUGUCUCUUCUUCACACUCAAUACACUAUAUAGCUAGUUAAACAGCUCUCAGGCUACAAUUUGCCUUUCCAAAAUUAAUUGAGGGACCUUGCCAUAGUGAUGAGAUGUCUUAGAUCAUCCCGCCAGAUCGGAGAGCUAUAGAUCAUCAGGCCCUAAGUAUAAAGAGCACAGAGCAGUGGCACUAAACUACAUUAUAGGAAUAACAAAAUACUGUGCCUUACAGAGUAAUAUCUGCCUAUAACAGAGCGUUAUAUAAAGUCUAUGAACCACAGAGCGGUAUUUGGUUCUGGCAACUUCUAUACAAUGCACAUAGGAGUGGGUAAGUGCGAGGUGUCCAGUAGCAUCUAUAUAAAGCACAAACCAGGGUAUCACAGAGCAAUAGCUGUCUAUAAAUCACAGGACAUUUUGGUGCACAGCAAUAACUACAUAAAUGCACAGACAAGUUUGGUGCAAAACAAUAUCUGUCUAUAAAGCAACGAGCAGUGAGUGGUGAAGUGCAACAUGUGGAUAACGUAGAGAUUCAAUAGACUGUAUAUUUCUUCAUUAGAUUUCUUAUAUGUAUUGUUUGUGCAUACUGACACUGCAAGCCAUUAAGUUGUUUACAUUUCAAUGUAUUAAUUCCAGACUGAAAAUGUUAUCUUUCAACUGUUUGUACAUUUUUAUAUUCAGUGCUGGUAUCAAAAAUAUACCGUAAUCAAUAAAAAGAAAAUAUUCUUGUACAUUUCAGAAUAAAAAUGCAAUAAAUUCUUAAGUUAAA